CGUCGCACCGCUACUAUUCUAAUUUUCAAGAGCCAUACUCCGAUAGUUUUCUCUUCUUGGUUUCGGCAAAGGGAACGAAGGCUUACCUCAAAGUACUACUACAAGGUAACCCAUGGAGAAAGAAGAGCAGCAGGCCAAUGAUUAUACCGACGAGGACACUGAUUACACUGAUGAUGAGGAGGAGGACUACAACGACGACGAGGACUACACUCCAGAGCCCGAGACGGCGUCCAAACGCCAGAAGCGCCACACCCUGGAGCAGAUUCGGGAACUCAGAGCUGCAUACCAACGGUGUGACCACCCAGAUGCGCCGACACGCCGCGCGCUCGGCGCAAAGAUUGGCCUGGAGGGCAGGCAGGUGCAGUACUGGUUCCAGAACCAACGCUCCCAGACGCAGGCGAAGGCCCUGGCGCAGAACAACAGGGUGGUCCAGCAGGAGAACGCCGCGCUGAUGGCCGAGAACGCGUCGCUCCGGCACGCCAUACUGACCGGGUCCUGCCUCGCAUGCGGCGGCGCGACGACGGCGGCGGCGCCCGCCGAGCUGCCGCCGGAGAGCAGGCGCCUGGUGGCGGAGAACGCGCGGCUCAGGGGCGAGUACGCGCGCGCCACCGCGCUGCUCAACCAGAUCCUGCUCUCGGCGCCGGCGCCCCCAGGCCCAGCAGCAGCGGCAGUCGUCGUCUCCUCCAGCUCCGUCGCCCGCCCCGUGGCCGACCGCGCCGCUCGGCUCCGCGGCCACGCGGAGGCCGCCAUGGACCAGUUCCUGCUGCUCGCCACCAAGGGGGAGCCGCUGUGGCUGCCCACCACCCCCGACGGGGAGGCGCUCAACUACCAGCUGGGGUACAAGCACAAGAAAGCACUCCCGGUGCACCACGGGCUCUGCCCGGACGAGUUCGUCAUGGAGGCCUCCAGGGCCACUGGCGUCGUCAGAGCCUCUGCCACCUACCUCGUCGCCACGCUUACAGACGCGAGGCGCUGGUCCGAGAUGUUCCCCAGCGUCGUGGCGAGUGUGACCGCCAGGAGGGACGCAGCCAUCUCCGGCGGCGUUUUCGGCUCGCAUAUUCAGCUGAUGAACGCGGAGCUGCAGGUGCAUUCGCCGCGUCUGCUCAACCGCAGCAUCAACUUCUUGAGGUACACCAAGCGGGUGGCGGAGGGGCGGUGGGCGGUGAUGGACGUGUCCGUGGACGGCAUCCUUGGACCGCCAGGCAGCCGCGUCGCUGACGCCGCCGCCGCCGCUGCCGCUGCAAACGGCGUCACUCUUGUGCCGGCAUGGUACACGGGCUGCAGGCUGCUGCCGUCCGGCUGCCUCGUUGAGGACAUGCGCAAUGGCUACUGCAAGGUCACAUGGGUUGUCCACGCGGAGUACGACGAGACCACCGUGCCAACGAUGUUCAGGCCACUGUUCCGCUCUGGGAAGGCUCUCGGCGCGCACCGUUGGCUCGCGUCGCUGCAGAGGCAGUGCGAGUUCCUCGCUGUCCUGCACUCCAGCCAGGUCUCCAGAGGCGGCGACAACACAGCAGCCGCCAUUUCGUCGAUGGGGAAGAGAGGGGUCCUGGAGCUGGCCCAGCGCAUGGUGGCGGAUUUCUACUCGGCUGUGUCUGGUCCCGUCACCCAGCCGUCGAGCAGCAUCGACGAGUGGUACGGCAGCGCCGGCGCCGGCGCCAGGAGGACCGACACCGCCGUGCGCAUGGUGACCUCGAAGAAAGCCGGCACCGUGGCCGACCUUGUGCUGAGCGCCAGCACCACGGUUUGGCUGCCGAACACUCCGCCGCAGCUCGUGUUCCGUUACCUCCGCGACGACCAGCGCCGUGGCGAGUGGGACGCCUUCUUCGCCAGUAGCGCAGCGGUGACGGAGCUCUGCUCUGUGCCCACGGGCCAUCUCAAUGGCAACGCUGUCUCCGUCCUCUACUCCAAUGUUACCGAUGGAACCGACCGCAAGAAGACGCUGAUCCUGCAGGAGGCGUGCACGGACGCGUCCUGCUCCAUGGUGGUCUACGCUCCGGUCGAAGAGGAUUCCAUGCGCGCGGUCAUGAACGGUGGCGACCACGCCUCCGUCUUCCUGUUGCCGUCGGGGUUCGCCGUCCUUCCGGACGGCCACGGCAGGGCUCGCCACGCCCCGAGCUCCUCCUCCAGCACACCCGUCGGCUGCGACGACACCACUGCUGGGUCCCUGCUCACCGUGGCAUGUCAGGCGCUGGUGCCCGGCUCAUCCCCGUCUGACAACCGCGCUGCCCCAGGGGCCUUCGACGACGUUGGCAAGCUGCUCUGUCGUGCACUGGAGAAGAUCAAGGCUGCCGUCAAGACCGACAUCGUCACCCCAGCUUGAUGCAGAAGGGCGAGGCAGAAGAGUCGGGCACAAUGUCGAACAAUAAUGCUUCUACCAUUUGAUAUUUGUCGACAAAAUAAUGACGUUUAGACUCAGUUAUCAGCGGGGCAGUACCCCAUCGUCGUUCUCGUUUUCACCGUUUUUCCCCCCGCGUUUGUCAUGGAUUUAUGUCGGUUUAAUAAUGUUUAUAUGUUAGGAUGGUUUGUCAUGAUGUUUUCUUGUAGUGAUUGGGUUGUUAGUACUUGUUGCUUAAAAAUUUCAGUUUUUCUUU